UUAUUAUUAAAUUUUGUUAUAUUUUGUCCCUUAUAUAAUAUAAGUUGUGUGAACACUUUUGGCCAACGUUUAAGGUUUUUAAAAAAUUAUAUUAUUAUUGAAAGCAUUCCAUAUAUUAUUAUUUGAAAUGUCUUUAGCUCGUCAAAAUUACUCCGAGGAGUGCGAGGCUGGAAUAAAUCGUCAGAUAAACAUGGAGUUGUAUGCGAGUUAUGUUUAUCAGUCCAUGGCAUUUCACUUUGACAGAGAUGACGUAGCAUUACCCGGUUUCUGCAAGUUUUUCCGACAUCAGUCGGAUGAGGAACGAGAGCAUGCUGAGGAUUUGAUGAAGUAUCAGAACAAACGAGGUGGACGUAUCGUCUUACAGAGUGUGCAGAAGCCAGAACGAGAUGAGUGGGGGUCUGGGUUGGAGGCAAUGCAGGCGGCUCUGGCUCUAGAGAAAAAUGUCAACCAGUCUCUCAUCGAUCUACACAAAGUCGCAGUCAACUCCAAUGACAGCCACAUGAGUGACUACUUGGAGGACAAGUUUCUAAAGGAGCAAGUGGAAUCCAUCAAAGAGAUCUCCGACUACAUCGCCAACCUGAAGCGAGUAGGACCGGGCAUGGGCGAGUACGUCUUCGAUAAGGAAACUCUACAAGAAUCUUGAACUUGCAAGAAUUCUUGUCAUCUGGGUGUGCUAAUCUGACCUCAGAAUUCGGUCGGUCCAGUCAAGUGUUUACUUGUCUUAGUUUUCUUAUCAUUCGUUGUCCAUUAAUCUUAUCUUCUUUAUUACUGAUCGUCGAGUUAUUGCCAGUUUAAUUACCAUUACUUAAACAUUAGUCUUUUGUUAUUAUGAUAUUAAAAAAUAUUCUCUUU